AUGAGUACUACAAGAAGAUCGACCCAGGGCAAGGACCCAGCAGCUUCAACAACUCAAAGCGCAGCAGCUCUUCAAGGAGCUUCGUUAGCAUUCAGAAAGAUCCCUCCACCUGUCAAACCAAAACCUCUGGUCAAUAUCUAUAGUGGGAAUAAUGGAGCUCUUGCUGCGGCUACAAAGGCUGGGGAAGCACGGAACGAUUCCUCGACGGAUAAACUAGAUAUCCCGGGACAUGCACAACGGGCAGGACAUUUGGGAUAUAAUGGGAGUCCAAAUAAUAAACCGUCGGGAAUUUAUUCGAGCUCUGGCCGAGAUGAACUAUUGCGCUCAGAAACGAGCCAGUCAAGAUCUCCAUCGUUUAUAGCUGCUACUCUUGCAGCAUCGAGAUCUCCCUCUCGAAGUCCAAAUACAGCAAGUCAACAACAACAAUCGCCCUCGAGUUUUAGGAGAGACCAGCGCUUUUCAACGAGAUCCCCAUCCCCGGUGAAAAGCAUGAGUUCUUCAACCGACAGCCUUAACCAUGCACCGCUAGAUGUAACCCCGAUUGCCCCGACUACAUCCUUAAUUUCCAUGUUUGAAAGUACCGGAGCGAAAUCGAAAAGCCCUUCGUCAGUUUCAAAGCCAGCAAGUUCGGUUUCCCAAAAGAGCGAGCCGCCACCCUCGCCUUCUCAAAUUUCUCUGUCCCCUACGAGAGGGCGAAUUCCAUUGCUUUCACCUCCCAAGCCUCAACAACCAGAAUUCAAGGCACGAAAGUGCCCAGUAACACAACCCGCGUCCCCCCGACCUAAAGCCCAACUCGAACUUGGCAAGGCAACGGCCCCUACAACCUUAGCCAAACCGAUACCAAUCCCAAGGAGGUCAAGAUCCCAAUCAGAACUUCAAAAUGAAGAAGAUGAUGCUUCGUCAGAUGAUUCUUUUGUAUCUGCAUCCGACUACAGACCUUCGAUGGCACAAAUAUAUGGCCGGGGGGGACGCUUAGCAUCUCCCUCAUCCGCUUCAAUAAACUCUUCUGUAACAGUUGAUUCGCUAGCAAAUGCAAUAGUUGCUAGCAGUCUAGCUUCUUCCAGGGCUGCCUCGCCGUCAACAUCUUCAGGUAAUCGUUUAGUCCCUCCACCUCCUCCACCAGCUCGUCGAAGUCCACGACACCGCUUCCAUCACCACGGUAGUUCAAGGACCCCUAGUCCCUUAAAACAUACAGGACUAAGGACAACCAUGAGAAAACCGAAAUCAAAGGAAGAUAUCAAUGAACGGGAAAAGAAGCUCAAGAGGAAGCACCUCAUGAAGAAGCAUCCGAAUAAGCAUCAUGAGGGUGACAGGAAGCGGUGGAGGGAUCAAAUUACUGAACGGGAACGAAAACGAUGUGAAGCUGUCUGGGCAAGUAAUAGGGGGUUAUACCUGUCAUCUCCCGGAUCAGAAAACUGCGUGUGCAAUCUGGUAGUAAGGGAUAUCUGGUCAAGGUCACGGCUACAUCAAGAUGUUCUUGAGGAAGUCUAUGCGCUGGUUGAUAGACAUGGCAACGGGAUGCUUACGAAGGAAGAGUUUGUCGUUGGCAUUUGGAUGAUCGAUCAGAGGCUGAAAGGGAGGAAGUUGCCCAUUCGAGUCAGCGGCAGCGUUUGGAGAAGUGUAGGUGUUCUGGGAGACGUGCAAGUAAAGAAGGGGGGAAAAGGAAAAUAA